UAACUUUAAUGUAAGGUUUUAACAUAAGAACUCAAAAUCUAAUCUAAUUUUAGAAUUCUUACUUCUUUUUAAUGCAAUUUAGAACAGGCUUCUGCAUUUACAUUCAUCACAGUUCCCGAAACAUCCACUAUCAACUUAGCAUUAAGUCAUUCAGUUGUUUGCAAAUGUUUUAGUUAAAUCGUUUUGGAUGUUGUAAUUACAACCAAUGUCCGCUAGGCGGCAGUAGUCAAAAACUGACAACGUUGCAACAGUGAGAUACUUCCGUGUUGUAGUUUUGUAAACAACAACGUGAGGACAAAACCAUGGGCAGAACCAGCGUAGUCUAACACACUAGUUGUCCUAUCUGUGUCCCAGUUUAUUCUGGAAACACAUUUAUCCUCCGUUCAGUCAUGUUGUUCCUCCGGACUGCUGCAUUCAGCUGCAGAGCUCUGACCGCCCUGCGCUGCCUGCCGGCCGGCUACAGUGUCUCCAGGUCCACCGCUACAUACAUCCAGGGCCAGAGCCCGGAGCCCCGUAUCCGAGAGUACUUCUACUAUAUUGACCACCAAGGACAGCUUUUCCUCGAUGACACUAAAGUGAAGAACUUUGUAACCUGCUUCAAAGACAAAAAGUUCCUGGUCUUCUUCUUCAGUCGGCUGCGUUCAAAUCAGAGUGGUCGUUAUGAGGAGGACUUCCCCUUCUUGUCCCUGUGUGGCAGGGAGAGGAACUUUGUGCACUGCGACGACCGUCCCGUGGUCUUCACCCACCUGCUGCAGAGUCCCACGGGGUCACCAGGAGUCACUGGAGAUCAGGACCUGCUGUCGUACUGCGGCGGGGCAGAGAAGCUGUCCGCCCCGUUCCGCCCUGAGGCGCUGUACAUGCAUCCCGUCAGUGGACGAGUUUACCACCCGUGCUCGGAGCGCGGAGGGGGGGUCGGCCUCGUCAGGUCGACCCUGGCCAUCGAGCUCAGCCCAUUCUUUGUUUAUCCCCCGGAGCAGGACCAGUCAGGACAGCCUACACACUUUCUCUGGGGGGGGCAGAAGCACACACUGACCAAUGAGCUCGCAGGAUGCUUCCCCACUGCGGAGGAGACCAGCGGGCAGCAGGAUGAACUGGGAUAACCAGCAGAACUGGUCAAAUACAUGCCUUUUAGAUUUUGAAAUACUGUCCACGUCAGCCAUCUAUAUCCCACACUGGCAGUGGGAAAAGACGGCCAUCUUCUCACAGUGGUGAUCACGAUGGGAUUGUUACUGUUUGAAGCCUGAGCUGAUGUUACUUGGUGUAAUAUGAUAUGACUAUCAUAUUCAUUGAUGAUGCAGAUUGUUUUUGGCUUUUAUGCCUUGAGACCUUUGAAACAGAGCAGCGUCUCCCAUCGUUACAGGUUGCAGUUAAAACUAUUUUCCCCCUUCAGAUGCCUUGGAUUAAUCUGCAAGUUAUUUAUGGGCCUGAAGAGGUAGAACUAUCCAGUAUGUCACAAUAAAAAUAAAAAAAGAAGCAGAAGUAUAUACAUUUUUUUCUUUCCUGAUAAUCAUCUCAAUCAUCAUCCUGACCCCAAGGCUGGACAGGGUUGAGAGACAACAAGAUGCUGCCGGCUGCUGUCUUAUUAAUGCUGGGACUGACGCACAUUCAACACGAGGACAUCACAAGUUUAUUCAGUGUCAUUUUUCUCACUGAUGUUCGUGAAGCUCUUUGGUGGGCUUGUGUUUCUGUAAUUUGUGAAGAUAAGAUUCAGUCUCAGAUGAUUCCUCAAUUAACCUGAAGUAAAAGGCAGCAUCAUAGCAACUUUGCUAAAGAGUAGAGAGUCGUUAUAACAGCCAGAAUAAUACAAAGCCUAUGAAAAAAAAAAAAGCUAUAUUUCAGAUAGAUAGAUAUUCCUUUAUUGAUCCCUGUGGGGGAAAUCCAGGUGUUGCAGCAGCUCAAGAAACAGAUUAAGAUAAUAAAUAAAACAUAUUAUACAAUAAAAUAAAUAUAAAAAUGUACAGUAUAUUUACAUGUGUGCAAUUUCACAGAGUUUUAAACAUAUUUUGGCUGAAUCAAUUACAUAACGUGUUAUUUGGUGUGCUUGCGUAGCUUUGAAUCAAAUAGUAUUCAAUGUUCUUGAGAUACGAUAGAAAGAAAACAAGUAAUGUGAAUCUUAAAUAUUUAUUUACAGCAUAUGUGGAAAAACAUCAGGAACAUUUUCUGUGGUUAAAAAAAAACAACAAAGCAUUUAACAAUAUUCUACUGAAUGUAGACUAUGCAGUCAGAUAUUUCUUCAAUAAAG